AUGACCCUGGCGCAGCAGGUCUUCCGCCAGGGCCGGGAGCCGACGCCGGAGCUCGAGAAGGAGAUCCGGGCGACCAUCGAGAAGGGCGAGAUGGGCCCCUACUACGAGCACGUCUGCGCCAAGUUCGGCUGGCCCGUCGACGCCGCGCUGUUGGAGGGCAUGAAGGCGAAGAACGCGGCGGAGCUCGCGGCGCUCGUCGCGAAGAAGGAGGACGCGGAGAAGAACCAGGGCGACAUGGAGGUGCUCGACGCGCUCUUCGACGCCGUCAAGUUCCACGCGCGCGUCGGCGCGAAGGCGGAGGCGUACGCGGCGUGCGACGCGAUCCGCGACCGGCCCAAGAUCUCCACGGGCAAGCGCAUCGACGCGUUGAUGAUGAAGAUCCGCGUGUCCCUCUUCUUCGUCGACGUCGCGGCCUGCAAGGAGCAGCUCGCCGAGGCGAAGAAGAUGGCCGAGGACGGCGGCGACUGGGACCGGAACAACCGCCUCAGCGUCUACGAGUCCGUGUUCAUGAUCAUCAACCGGUCCAUGGAGGACGCGGCGGCGAAGCUGAUCUCGGGCGUGGCGACCUUCACCUGCGUCGAGCUCUGCACCUACCCGGAGUUCGUCUUCUACGCGGUCGUCACGAACCUGCUGAGCAUGUCGCGGCCGGAGCUGAAGAAGAAGGUCAUCGACGGGCCCGAGGUGCUGCAGAUCAUCAAGCAGAUCCCCCACCUCACGGACCUCGUGACGUCCCUCUACGAGUGCGAGUACGCCACGUUCUUCCGGACGGUCGCGGCCAUCGAGCCGCAGUUGCUGAACGACCGCUACUUCUCGCGCCACACGCGCUACCUCGUCCGCGAGCUCCGCGUGCUCGUCUACACGCAGUUCCUCGACGCCUACAAGACCGUGACCCUCGCCUCCAUGGCCGAGGCCUUCGGCGUCGGCGUCGACUUCCUCGACGGCGAGCUCGCGCGCUUCAUCUCGUGCGGCCGCCUCAACGCCAAGGUCGACAAGGUCGCCAUGGUCGUCGAGACGAACCGCCCGGACUACAAGUCCCAGAAGUACCAGCAGAUCAUCAAGCAGGGCGACAUCCUCCUCAACCGCAUCCAGCAGCUCGCGAGGUGCGUCUCCAUCUAG